GCAAAGAUUAAGCCACAGAAAGGCUAGCGCCCACCCAGAGUGCACAGGAUCCGCCACUGCAAAAGCAAACAGAGCUGCGCACAUGGGCGCAGAAAACGCUGGCUGUGGGGUGGAGAGCUACGGCCCUCUCAGCGCUCAUGCUUGAGCUGGCUCAUCAUGCCCAGGCCCAAUGAAGGCAGGCAGGGCUGGUUCGGAUGGCUGCGAGGCUUCCGCACCAGCUAUGACAAGGUGCCUUCAAUGGUGGAAACCUCUGUCCAGACUGAGAGGACCCGGAGCACAGUGCCGAUUCCAAGGCCGAGAACGAUUCGACUGCCCGGACCAGAGGAUGCCCAGGAGGAGGGCGAGAUCGGCUAUAGCUCGCCGGACUUCAGGGCGCAGGUGGCUGCGGCCAAGCUCAUGGGCAUCUUGUGGGCCAAGGAGCCCUCCCAAGUUCGCCUAGACCAGUCGCUCUACGGGGCAGCCUUCGUACUGCCACAGAUUGCCCGCUCCGCCGGCUGGCCAAAGAUGCUGCGCGUACUUGUCAUCAAGACAUGGGUGGUUUUGUUUCUGAACUAUGCGGUGCAGUUUGCCGUUUUGUACAUGAUCGCGAAGGAGAACAUGGUCUGGGAUCUGUUUUCCGGACAGAUGUACCUUUGCGACUUCGGCCGCGACGCGGAGUCCUGCCCCGACGGCCCCAACUGCAUCGGACCUGGUGGCACCGUCUUCACGAACACCAGAUACUACGGCUGGGGCCAAUGGAGCACUCGUACCUAUGCUCGGGACGCCUUUAAGGCCAUGUUUCCUGAGUUCUCGCCAGAGAUCAGCAAGUAUUCUGACCCAGGCGAGUAUGGGGUGGAGAGCUCAACCUGCCGGGUGCUAUGCUGCGCCUUGUUCAUCGUCACCGUGCUCAGCGACCUGUUGGGCAGCUUUAACCUGGCUUUCAUCAUGAACAGCGUGCCGAGCCAGGAUGACUUGUGGAUCGACUGGGACCCGCCGGGCGGGGAUUGGGCCAGCAAGGAGUAUGCGAAGAAGGUCACCGGCAGCAAUGAGAUGGACUUUGUGAAGCUGAAGAUCGCAGGCAUGCCUUUCCACUGGAAGGUCCUGAACUGGCUGCUGAUUUUGUUGCCAAAGCUCUGCCUGUGGAAAGUCACCACCGAAGCCGGGAUCUGCUUCCUGAUGGAAACACAAGGCAUCGAGGACGUGGUGGUGAACUCGGUGGCCCUGUCCUUCAUCUUGCAGAUUGACGAGCUUCUCUGCCAAGAGAUGAUGAACGAGAAGGUGCAUCAAAUCCUAGCAAAGCUGGAGGUGCACCUCCUGGAUGAGGGCGACAACAUCCACGAUCUGGAGCGAAUGACGGAUCAGGGCUUGUACGAGAAGAACCAGCAAGAGAUCGUCGGACGGUGGAACCCGCGAGACCUCUGGUCGCUGGUGCCCAUGAAAUUGCUCACAGUGGGAGCAAUCACGUGGGGCUUUGUCUACCGGUACUAUGCCACCAACUGCGUCCACAAUGAGGCGGAUGGCUUGGUCUCCAAGCCCCUGGGGCUGCCGGUCUCCACCAACCUGCCCGUCUCCAGCGCCUUCCUGCAGAGCUUUUUCCCGCCUCCCCGCGAGGAGAAGUUCUUUUGGAGCAUGCCACCAAUCCCCGACCACGUGCAGCGAUGACGCGAAGCUUCGCAUUUUGUGGCGACCAAAAGCUGUGA